UCCUGUGGACAGACGGUGUCGCAAAAACUCUCUGUGACUCUUUUAAAAUUAGGGGUUUUGGACGAUUUAACAAAAAAAGCUGAAAUGGAUUCAGAUGCCAGCUCCACGUGCAGCCGAUCUUCAUCUCCAGACCUAGUGGUGGAUGACUCUGCCGGGAGCUUCUUCUCCAACAAUAUGUUUCAGAAAUACUGCCGGGAGAAUAGAAAUGGCAGUGAGGCCGAUCAAGGCAGGACGGAGGCGGGAGGCGAGAAGACCAAAAGCAGAUCUGAGCUCACCAAGGAGGAGAUGCAAGACCUGAGGCUCAAAGUCAACAGCCGAGAGAGGAAAAGGAUGCAUGAUCUGAACCAGGCCAUGGAUGGCCUGCGGGAGGUGAUGCCAUACGCUCAUGGACCUUCUGUUCGCAAACUCUCCAAAAUCUCCACUUUGCUUCUAGCUCGCAACUACAUCCUAAUGCUGUCCAGCUCUUUAGAAGAGAUGAAAAAACUGGUCGGGGACGUUUAUGGAGGUGGAGCUGCCGCCCAGAGCCGCUCCGCUGUCCACCCAACCAUCAACCCCGCCGCCACCUCUGUUCACCUCCCUCUGCAUCCUCUGGCCCAGUCCCUUCACUCUCUGGUGGGCAGCACUCCUGCAGCUCUGCAGCAUCACUCGUCUUCUUCCUCUUCAGCUCCAGCUCCUCAUUCCCCUCCAUCAGCUAGCUUCCUGGGUUUUCAUGCUCCAGGGCAGAGCCUUCUUAAGGACCCGCUCAACCUUGGUGGCUCCUACAGGCACUUCCCCGGCAUGCCAUGCCCAUGCACGCUCUGCCAACCUCUCCCCACUGCCACCUCCACGUUGCACAGCUUGUCUAUGAACAAAUGAAGGGGGACUCACCACAAAUUGACUAAUGCCAAACUUGUACAUAUUGUAGAUACAAACUGCUGCUAUUUUCUCAAAACAAAUUAUUUUGUGCUAUGUUGACAGGGCAAUAUUGGGGCUUUUACUGGAGUAACAAAAUCUGUAUCUUAUCCAAUGUUUGUUGUAAGGAAAGCUUGCAAAAAUCUGGAACAGAUGUCUUCAGGAUUUCUGUUUUCCUAAAUUAAAGAAUUAAUU